AGUAUUGCAGAAGUAGGAAGCUUGUGAUUGGCUGAAGGUAGAAAAGGUGUAAGAAGUUUAGUAUGGAGUUGUCAGCUUCCUGGAUAGGGGUGUGUGUUUGCUGAAGAAGAGGAGCUGCAAUAUUGGCCUCGUCUCUUCCUGCGCCCAGUUCAUGUGUGAUAGAGGAUGGAGCGGAGUACAGUGCGGUGUAUAGGGCCGGCCUGGAGCUGUCUGCCUGUGGUUUUCCUUGUCUUCCUUCUAUGUGACAGCCAGAGCAUCGCAGGAGGAGCCCCCUUCCAGGAGCUUAUAAGACUUAACGUGACAGCACAGCAUGACAACAAGACUGUAGUAGAACAGGUGGCUUUUAACAUCAGCUAUGAGAGAGGACAGAUGCAAGUGAAUGGAUUUCCCUUAAGUAAAGGUGUUUCAAGAAUAUCCUGCAAAACAGACAAAGUGGAUUAUGGAUUGCCCUAUGAGCCGUUGAACGUGGUACAUGAGGCUUUGGUCAGCAUGCGAUUACUCGUUUUGCAUUGGCCUAUGAACUCCAGUACUGGAGAAACUAAGAUAAUUGUUCAGCAAGAAGUGGUUGAAAUUGAUGGAAAUCAGGUUUAUCAAAAUGUGACAGAGGAAAUGAAACUAGUAGUCAAUAGAGAUAUGGAAGUACUUCAGCACAUGAUAUCAACUGUCACUUUGAAAGAUACUUUGCUUUACUCCAUUCCAAGGACCAGUGAUGUUUUGUUCACCUUUCCGAAUAUACCGCAAGCAGCAGUUGACCGUGUUCCACAGGAAACCACAAGGGAUUAUAAUGUAAGGCAGAACACGACUAUGGAUGAAGAUCCAUUUUCAGGAAAGCUUCCAGAAACCCCUCUCCAAGCAGUGAUCCCAGCUUCAUCCUAUAAGGUGAUGUGCCAAUUUGCAGAUGAUCUGAGAGAAAACCUCUGUCUUAUCUGGAACGCGCUAUAUCCUGUCUUAAUUAACUUUAUAGAAGUUUUUAUUGUGGGAGUGAUCGCUGCUGCUCUUGUCUUACAGCUACUAAAGUUGGUGUAUCCAUCAAGAGAACACAAAGGAAUUCUGCAACCAAGUGAUCUCAAGGAUUCUGCAUUGUAUGUUCCUUUAAUGUUAAGCCCUGAAGAAGUAACCGUGAAGGCACAGGAGGCUGGAAAUAUUAUAUAAAGCCAGUAUUCCCCCUCCGUUUCUCCUUCAAAGGCCUGCAUCCAGUUAUGAUAUUCAGAUUGGACUGUCUGACUUAAAUUAUGGUAAAAAAAAAUUCCCAUUAUUGUAAGACUGACUACAAGUAAUGUGCAUUGUAACAGAAGGUAUAUAGGCACUCAUCCUUUGAGUAAUGACUUUAAACACUAUUUCCCAGAGGCUAAUUUCCACAUCUAUUAUUUAUGAUAUGGCCUUUACAAACAGCCACGCAUAUAAUAUUCUCUAACGUAUAGGUGGUGUUUAUAGGUGGUGCUGUAAAGUACAAAUAGGAAUUGUCUGCCUUUAGGGUGGACUAUGAUUGAAAGCUUGGCGCAGACAAUUCCCACCCAGGGGCAGACUGACCGUUAGGAAAAUGGGGUAUUGCCCGAGGCCAGUAGGGGGGCCCCCUAUGAGAGUACCUCCGUCCCAAGGAAUCUCUUCUUAUCCCAGAUCCAAGUGGCAGAACAAGUUCCAGCCCUGAGCUCUGGUAACUAGGCUGACAGGGAUUCGCUAGAUUCCGGCACUCAGGAUAUCUUCCCCAUAUCUCUUGCCCCCUCUGUAGCAGCUGACAUCUCUCUCAGCUGAGCCUGCACACCACACAGAGCUCACUGAGGAUCCUCCUCAUACAGGUGCGACAUUAAACUGCAAGAAUAUCUGAGGUGUGUGCAUAGUUUAUGGAUAGGGGAGGGGGUUGGGGACGGGUAACACAU